GAAGCGCAUGCGCAGUAAGUGUUGGAGCAGAGGGUCAGACUGAUCAACAUGGCGGCUGUGUGUUUCUCCUUGAGCCGCUGCUGCUCUGCUGUUCACCGGCCCGCCGUCAUGGCGGUGCGGUUCGCACAGACGGCAGCAGCUCCUGCAGCUCAGCCCAGGAUCAAGAAGUUCCAGAUUUACCGCUGGGAUCCAGACACAGUUGGAGACAAACCUCGCAUGCAGACAUAUGAGAUCGACCUGAACACGUGUGGGCCGAUGGUUCUGGACGCGCUCAUCAAGAUCAAGAAUGAAAUGGACGGCACACUGACCUUCAGGCGCUCCUGCAGAGAGGGCAUCUGCGGCUCGUGUGCUAUGAACAUCAAUGGUGGAAACACAUUGGCUUGUCUGAAUAAAAUCGACAGUAACACCAGCAAGGUGACCAAGAUCUACCCGCUGCCACACAUGUAUGUGGUGAAGGACCUGGUGCCCGACAUGAGCAACUUCUACGCCCAGUAUAAAUCCAUCGAGCCGUACCUGAAGAAGAAGGACGAGUCCCAGCAGGGGAAGCAGCAGUACCUGCAGAGCGUGGAGGACCGCCAGAAGCUGGACGGCCUGUACGAGUGUAUCCUGUGCGCCUGCUGCAGCACCAGCUGUCCGAGUUACUGGUGGAACGCAGACAAGUAUCUGGGUCCAGCCGUCCUCAUGCAGGCGUACCGCUGGAUGAUCGACUCGCGGGAUGAUUUCACAGAGGACAGACUGUCCAAACUGCAGGACCCGUUCUCUCUGUACCGCUGUCACACCAUUAUGAACUGCACCAGGACCUGCCCCAAGGGCCUGAAUCCAGGAAAAGCCAUCGCUGAGAUCAAGAAGAUGAUGGUGACGUAUAAGCAGAAGGACACGGCCGCGGCCUAAAGCAGCGUUGACCCUGAUGAAGAUGAUGUACAGUACUGCCGUCACACACUAAUACAGCACCGAGAUCAUCCAGAACCGCCAUCACUCCAAUACAGCUCGCUGGAAGAGUCAAACUCACUGUAUCUGCUGUAUGUUUAAUAAAAUACACACGCUUACAGCUUUACCUCUGUUCAUACACACCUGAGAGAUGCUGGAUGUAGACGUGCUGCGCUCUGAAGUCUGCCAUCUCUGGAAUAUUCAUAAUAAAGUAUAAUAAUGCAGUGUUCAGUAUAUUUGAGUGUAAUUAUGAGUUAUCAGAGGAGAAUAAAGAUAUACUGUACUAUCA